AUGUCCAAACCUUUGGCAUACUGUACACCCAACCCAGUUCCAAAUUUGCCGGAGAACAAUCAAGUUCGUCUUCUUGAGUACCGUGGAGCACAGUUGGCGGCGUUCACUGUGGACGGACGGGAUUUGGUUUGUUUGCCCCAGGCAUUCGAACUUUUCUUAAAACACUUAGUCGGUGGUUUGCACACAGUUUAUACAAAAUUGAAACGAUUGGAAAUAGUCCCGGUCGUGUGCAACGUGGAACAGGUUCGGAUCCUGCGCGGUUUGGGUGCCAUACAACCAGGGGUGAAUCGUUGCAAACUGAUUGCACCGCAAGAAUUCGACGUACUAUAUGCGGAUUGUACCAACUCAAGACGGGGCGAACCCCAUAGUCAUGAGGACCUGCUGUUGAGUGGCGGAAACCAGCAAUCUAAGCCCCGGGACUUACAGUGGUGA